AAUUUUGGUGGAUUAAUAGUUCUGUCACCUUCAUUUGUUUUACACAUUAGAAACACGUCACCAUCGUUUCCCGCAAAAACAAAAUUUUAGUCAAUAAAAUGUUUAUUAUUAACUUUGAGGUUCGGAAAGAAAGUAAUAAGAUAUACUUCAGUGAGCCUAACAUUAGUAACUUACAUUUUUAAAGACAGUAACUGUCGUCCUUUUACAGUACGAUUCUAUCAGUUUUAUCAUGCUGUUCUAACCUCCUAGCGAAGGAGUUGUGGGCUGGAAUGAAAAAAAAACACUGCAGUUUGGUGAUUAGAUAAAAGGUGCCUGCUUGGAUUGCAAUGGGAAACGGAGAAGCAAAUAAUGUGCAGAAAGACAGCACUACGGUGAAUGACAAGCCACAGUUGAUGAAACUCUCUUCCUAUGUCUUGGCUCUGCGACCAUGGUCCCUCAGUGCAUCCCUCAUGCCAACUCUUUUAGGCUCUGCCAUAGCUUAUAAAUGUAGUAGUAAUGUAAGUGACUUCAGCUGGCUUAUAUUGCUGUUUACAUUGUUCACUGUGGUGUCUGUGCAUGGUGCUGGAAAUGUAGUCAAUACUUACUUUGACUAUAUAAAAGGAAUAGAUGGCAGGAAAAGUGAUGACCGUACUCUUGUGGACCAUAUUCUUUCCAAGGAUGAAGUUGCAACACUUGGUGCUAUGUUGUAUGCUGCUGGCUGUUUGGGGUUCAUAUUUUUAGUGGGCAUAUCUCCAGCCAAGAUGGAGCAUCUAGCUCUUGUGUAUUUUGGUGGGCUGUCCAGCUCUUUUCUGUAUACAGGUGGAAUUGGACUGAAGUAUAUUGCAUUGGGAGAUGUGUUGAUAUUAAUAAUCUUUGGACCAAUAUCAGUCCUUUUUGCUUUCAUGUCUCAGACUGGUCAUGUGGAAUGGGCAACUAUUUACUAUGCCAUUCCUCUAGCACUGAACACGGAGGCCAUUCUGCAUAGUAACAAUACACGUGACAUGGAGAGUGAUCGUCAUGCAGGCAUCGUCACAUUGGCUAUCCUCAUUGGCCACACAGCAUCACACGUCCUGUAUGCAUUCCUUCUUUUUACACCAUAUAUCCUUUUUGUUGUCCUCGGUGUCCGUCACACUGUGUGGUUGCUGUUGCCCCUUAUCACUCUGCCUGCUGCCUUCCGCAUUGAAAAGCAGUUUCGCCGCUCUGAUACAAUUCAGAAAGUACCUAAGCAAACUGCAAAGCUGAACUUAUUCUUUGGUUUUCUGUAUGUUCUUGCCUGUAGUCUUGCUGAUACAGAACAACUUCCAUUUAUUCAUUAAAGAGGUGGACAAAUCUGUAUUGACAGCUGGAAUAAUAUUUAUCAGCAAAACUCCGGAAGGACAAAGUUUUUAAAUUAUGCCUAAUGUUGAUGGCUGACAUGGCCAGCACAAAGAUAUGAACUGCAUACAGAUGAAUUAAAUCUAUCUGAAUUACCUGCUGUACAGUUAUGUACCAUUAUCUUUGUUUCAUGUCAUGACAAUAACACUUAUUCCUGCACCUAGUUGAGGCAUUUAUAAUGAAUUACAUUUUAUUAAACAAUUACAGUCAGGAUGUUUUAGAACAGAGUUGCUGUCCAUUACUGCAGGCAAUUAAAGUUUAAUCAUGGUUGUCUCACACCACAUACAUCAUACAUUAGAAUGCUGUAUAAAACAUUUUUUUAAAUAAUACAUAAUGUGGCUGAAGUGGAUCUUAUGACUAGGUCAUACAUAGAACCAUUUCAGAAUAGUUUUUUGUCUGUAGGAUAUGUGCUCUAAAGAAAUGGGUAUAAAGCAGUGAGUGUGUUGUGUGUGGUUAAUGACUGUAGAAAUAAUUGUGGUCAUAUACAGGAUACUGAUUUACAGUAUUAGAAGAGUAGCUAACCUGCAUUUUGGGCCCACUCUUCACUAUGUGUAACAUCUGUUCAAAAUUAGUGGAUUUAUAAAUACACCAAGUUUAUUUUCCCUCAU